CGCGCGCACGGUUAACCGGGAGCGAGCGCGGGUGUGAAGCGGGCGGGGAUCCGCCUCCCGGUGAGUCGGGGUGUCCACCAAUCGGAUGGGUUCCUGUGGAAACACUGAGGCUAGAUAGCGCAAAUUGUUUCAGCCCCUCAGCCAGCCAGCGACAUCACUCCAAACUGAAGAGAGUGUAACACAAGACACUUGGGUCACAAGAAUCAAACAGACUGCUUCACCUGUAACAAGACAGCUUUUCUGACUUCAAGUCUAAAGAUGCGAGGUUCAGGUGAUCAGCCUAAUCCUGGCACAUCACAGUCACCGGAGAGACAUGUUUGGGAUUCUGUGAAGAAAGCUGCCUUCAUCCUGGGCUCUGGACUCUUUGUGUUUGCAGCCUUCAGGAACACUGUGACCUGGCAUUUGCAGCAAUUCUGGGGAGCUUCUGGCGACUUCUGGCAGUCGCAGUGGGGAAAAGCUCACAGUUACUUCCAAGGCAACGAAUGGGUCCUCUUCUUGCUAGGUACCAUGGUGAUUCCUACUAUGUCCUUCUGGAUUUUGAAUGGGCUCCUUCUGAUUGUGGAUGCCACAGGAAAACCACAGCUGAUUACACGCUACCGGAUUCAGAGGGGCAAGAAUGACCCGGUGGAACCUGCUAAGCUUCAGCAAGCCAUCAGAACGGUUGUAUUUAACCAGGUUUUCCUGUCGUUCCCAAUGGUGUUGGUAAUGUAUCCCAUCAUGAAGUGGAGAGGUAAUCCUUGUGGUACUGAGCUCCCCACUUUUCAUUGGGUGCUGCUGGAGCUGUGCUUCCUUGGGCUAUUGGAAGAAGUGUUUUUCUACUAUUCUCACAGGCUUUUCCACCAUCCUCUGCUUUACAGACACAUCCACAAGAAGCACCAUGAAUGGACUGCCCCGAUUGGCAUUAUCUCCCUGUACGCACAUCCGGUUGAGCACGUGAUGUCCAACAUGCUACCACCUAUGAUUGGACCGAUCAUCGUGGGAUCUCAUGUGGCAACUGUGAUGCUGUGGUUUUCAUUGGCACUACUGAUUUCCACAAUUUCACACUGUGGUUAUCAUCUCCCACUGCUACCAUCACCAGAGUUUCAUGAUUUUCAUCACCUCAAGUUCAACCAAUGCUAUGGAGUGCUUGGAGUCCUGGAUCGCCUCCACCAGACUGACACCAUAUUUAGAGAGACUAAAGCGUAUGAGCGUCAUACUCUCCUGCUCAGCCUUACUCCUCUAUCUGAGAGCAUUCCGGACUUCGCCAAGCGCAAGUGACGAAUCUUUAGGCCCUACUUUGGGAUCUGGCAACUACACAAUCAUAUAAUCCUUUCCUCACUGAUCAUUAACACUUGCUAUUGUGCUUUGGUUUGUUUACAAGGAAAGCUUUUUGAAAAUGCUUUGGUACACAAAGUCUACUUGCUGACGUGUUUAUUCAGAAGCUCUAGACUCCAGGAGGUGCCAGGGACUCAGUCAGUUAGGUGGGCUAAACCGUAACUUUUCUGUAAAAUCUUUUAUGGCAGCUCAAAAUUAUCGUUCGUUUCUUCAUUGCUUGUUUAAGGUAUCAAUAAAACAAUUUUCAUCCAUGCAA